UUUACUGUUUCUUGGAUUGAUGCUGAUUUCUGCAUUAUUCAGUUUCACUAACAAGAUGAACUUAAUACAACACCAUCUCAUGACAAUGAAACAAUGCAGUUGUAGCCGCUGCGUCUCUGAAUUAGGUGUGUCAGAAUGGUUUGACAAACGUUACACUUCUGACAUGAUUCCCAUCCUGAUGAAAAGUGACAAAACAAUUCCUGAGAAGUCUUAUAAUUGGUGGAAGAGACUUCAAAGUAACAAAAACGCACCCAAUAUCGGUAUUGUACUAGAACAACUAUUUGAGCUGUUUCCAGGAGACAGUCUGUCCAUGGACCACUGGCCAAACAGGUGCAGGACAUGUGCUGUGGUAGGGAAUUCUGGGAAUUUGAUAGGAUCCAAUUAUGGACCUAUAAUUGACACACAUGAUGUUGUGAUGAGGAUGAACCGUGCAAAGACCGUUGGCUACGAGGCAGAUGUGGGUAGUAAAACCACACAUCAUUUCAUGUACCCUGAAAGUGCACAAAGCCUGGCAGGCAAUGUCUCUUUGGUUCUGAUACCAUUUAAAAUAUUGGACUUACAGUGGCUAAUAAGUGCCUUUACUACAGGAAAUAUCACCCACACAUAUACUCGAGUUUUAAGUAAAAUCAAGGCAAAUAAAGAUAAGGUAUUGGUUCUGAGCCCACAUUUUUUUAAGUAUGUUUAUGACAACUGGAAUGAGCAUCAUGGAAGGUACUCGUCGACUGGAAUGCUAGUCUUAGUUUUUGCACUUCAUAUCUGCGAUGAGGUGAAUGUUUAUGGAUUUGGUGCCAACAAACUGGGGCACUGGCAUCAUUACUGGGAGAAGAAUGCUGGCGGAGGAGCUUUCCGUGUGACAGGAGUUCAUGAUGGAGAUUUUGAAGCCAAUGUCACUAAGACACUUGCCAAAAUUAACAAAAUACAAAUGUUUAAAGAAUGCCAGUUUGUAACUGAUCAAUGACAAAUGUUCAGCCAGAGGGAAGCCACCAGGAUGAUGUCUUAUGAAAAAACGGGAAGAGAAAGGAAAAUCAAAACCAGCUUGUAUUACCAAUCCUGGCAGUUGUACAUUGACCCUCCCCUGUAGAAGAUAAGCACAAUAACCUUA